UCCUGGCUCCACAGAGUUUGUCUCUCAGGAAAUAAAUAAACGUCCCCUGCAUCUAGCAUCCCUGGCCGGGCAUCGUGCCAGCGGGAUGCAGGCUGGUGCAGGAUGAGGAUGGAGGGCGGGGGGGCAUGUACACAGAUGCCAUGUGCCUUUACAUAACCGCAACUGGCUUUGGAUACAAUUGGACGAGAAAUCGGUGGCCAGGAACAGCAGCAGCAGCGUCCGUCCUGCUGUGUGCCGCAGUGCCCCGAGCCCAGCGGGGAGUAACGUGGCCGGGCACUGAGGCGGGGGGAGUGUGAGUGUUGCUGCAGAAAAAUGAUAGCGAAGCGUCACCAGGAGCGUGUGUGACCUGCAAGGAGCGUGUGUUUGUUUAUCAGCUCUACAUGUCGCUGUCCGGCAGUCGGUGUUAAUGUGUGUAUGUGUCCGUGUAUGAGUGAGCGUAUGUGAGAGAUAGCGGGAAUGGGGGGAGAGGGAGGAGCUGCUUGGACAUGAGUAAAUGACGUCAGCUCCCAGGUCGCCGAGCACAGAAACAAACAUGGCGACAGAAUGGAGUGGACAGCAGGGUUACAUUCUCACCGUGGUUAUCUGUCUGUGGAGCGGCCGGACAGAGUUGGUGGCAGCCGCUGGGCCCGGUGUCAGCGGUGGAAGGGGAGGCGGCGGCGGAGGCGGUGGGAGUCAGGUGCUCGGCAUGAGGCUGGAGAGGAGCAACAAGCCGGCCAGCACCACUGACGAGGGUGUCAUCCAGGUGACCGAGGAGAGCUCCGUGCAGCUCCGGUUUUACGGGGUCCAGCUUCACUCGGGCGCCUGGACUGAGAUCCAGUUCACAGAGGUCAAGGAGGAGGAGGAGGAGGAGAAGGGGACGGUGGUGGCGGCGGCCCGGGGCGGCAGCGGCAUGAUGGACGCGCUCGAUAAAACUUGUGCAGAUUUUACGCAGGACAUCACCGUCGGGAACUUCAUAAACGUGAGCAGCCGGGGCACGUCGGGACUGCUCAACGUGCACAUUAAGCCGCUGCGCAAAAGCGACCAGAAGAAAGAAUACGCUCUGUGCACGUUAAACACGGACGGCAGGUGGGUGCAGCUGGGGGACAGCGAUGGCCGGAUGCUGGUGGUGGAGGAGAAGAAGUCGCUGCUACCCAUGUGGCUGCAGGUCAUCAUGAUCUCGUGCCUGCUGGUCCUCUCGGGCAUGUUCAGCGGGUUGAACCUGGGGCUCAUGGCGCUGGACCCCAUGGAGCUGCGGAUCGUUCAGAGCUGCGGCACCGACAAGGAGAAGAAAUAUGCGAGGAAAAUCGAACCGAUCCGCAGCAAAGGCAACUAUCUCCUAUGCUCGCUUCUCCUGGGUAACGUUUUGGUGAACACCACCCUCACCAUCCUCCUCGAUGACCUCAUCGGGUCAGGUCUGGGCGCCGUGGUCGCCUCUACAAUUGGCAUUGUCAUAUUUGGGGAGAUCGUCCCCCAGGCGCUGUGCUCGCGUCACGGGUUGGCUGUGGGAGCAAACACGAUCCUGGUCACAAAGUUCUUCAUGUUCCUUACCUUUCCUCUGUCCUUUCCCGUCAGCAAGCUGCUGGAUUUCCUGCUGGGACAGGAGAUCGGCACUGUGUACAACAGAGAGAAGUUGGUGGAGAUGCUUAAAGUGACAGAGCCUUAUAAUGACCUGGUCAAAGAGGAGCUUAACAUGAUCCAGGGAGCCCUGGAGCUCAGGACCAAAACUGUGGAGGAUGUGAUGACUCCCUUAGCCAACUGCUUUAUGAUCCAGGCAGAUGCUGUGCUGGACUUCAACACUAUGUCAGAGAUCAUGGAGAGCGGAUACACGCGCAUACCCGUGUAUGAUGAGGAGCGGUCCAACAUCGUGGACAUCCUGUAUGUGAAGGACUUGGCCUUCGUGGACCCGGACGACUGCACAAACCUAAAGACCAUCACCAAGUUCUAUAACCACCCUGUGCACUUUGUGUUUCAUGACACAAAACUGGAUGCCAUGCUGGAGGAGUUCAAGAAAGGUAAAUCUCAUUUGGCCAUCGUCCAGAAGGUGAACAAUGAGGGGGAGGGAGAUCCUUUCUAUGAGGUGCUGGGAUUAGUCACCUUAGAGGAUGUUAUCGAGGAGAUCAUCAAGUCAGAGAUCCUGGAUGAAUCUGACCUCUACACUGACAACAGGAACAGGAAGAAGGUGGAUCCCAACAAAAACAAACGCGACUUCUCAGCGUUCAAGCAAGAAGGGGACAGUAAGGUGAAGAUCUCUCCUCAGCUCCUACUGGCAGCUCAUCGUUUCCUGGCCACAGAGGUGAGCCUGUUCAGCCCAUUCCAGAUCACAGAGAAAGUCCUACUUAGGAUCCUCAAACAUCCGGAUGUCAUCCAGGAACUAAAGUUUAAUGAAAAUGAUAAACGAUCGCCACAGCACUUCCUCUAUCAGAGAGGCAAACCUGUCGACUACUUUGUUCUCAUUCUGCAGGGACGGGUGGAGGUUGAAGCCGGAAAUGAGAACAUGAAGUUUGAAACUGGCCCGUUCUCCUACUAUGGAGUCAUGGCUCUAAGCACACCAACAAUGGAGUAGACUGGGCCAUUAAUUACCUUCUCCAGCACACAAACUGAAACCAACUGACAGACUAAAUAUUCCAAGGAAUUGAACUUCUGGGUUUUCAAUUUCCAUCAUGGAAGGACCGGCCCCUGCAUGUUAUGCAUCACCGGCAGAUGGAAGAAGUGGCUGACAUCCAGAAAUCCUACCAGGGGCUGGACUGAAAGACAGCACAGGAACAAGCUCUAAGUAUAAAAUCCAUAGAGGCUGGAGUCUACCACACCAGGCAAGACCCCAGUUGCAGGCUGUGUAAAGAUGCCCCUGAGACACUCCAGCACAUCACAGCAGGAUGCAAGGAUGUUGGCAGGCAGGGCAUACGUGGAACGCCAUAAACAAGGCGCCGGCAUAGUGUACAGGAACAUCUGUGUUGAGUAUGGCCAGGAAGUCCUGAGGUCAAAAGGGUGGUCGACAAUGAGCCAUGCUAAGAUCCUUUGGGACUUCCAGAUACAGAUGGAAAAAAUGAGGGUGGCUAAUCAACCAGACAUAAUAGUGGUGGACAAGCAGAGGAAAACGGCUGUAGUGAUACCGAAUGACAGCUACAUCAAGAAGAAGGAACACGAGAAGUUUGAGAAAUACCAAGGCUCAGAGAAGAGCUCGAGAAGAUGUGGAGGAUGAAGGUAACAGUGGUCCCAGUGUUAAUCGGAGCGUGUUAUAUAGCGCUCACUCCGAUGGAUGAGCAAUUUGGGGUUAGUAUCUUGCCCAAGGAUAUUUGUCAUGUAGACUAGGGGAAGCCAGGAAUCAAACCACCAACCUUCCGAUCAGUGGAUGACCUGCUCUACCACUUGAGCUACAGCCACCCCUAUAUAUACCAACUCUUCAUGUGAAUCAAAAGGAAUGCACAUUGCAAGAACUAAACACAUUUUCUUGGCUCAAAGUUUCUGGGUGAUAACUAUGCACAUAAGAAUAAUUAGUCACAUGUAAUUAUGUCUGGUACCUUAUUUGAUAGAGAUCUUUAUGUUUUCCUGGAGGCUUAUGGAAGCUGAAAGUUUAGAAUCCCAAUUUCCCGAUUCCAAAAGAACUUCGAUGCUGCUUGAAAUAUUAAAAAAAUAGUAUUUCCGAAACUCAUGAAUCUAUAUUUAUGUGUUCGCAAAGAUUAUGACAUGUGGGGAAAAAAGGCAAAUGUAAACAUGAUCCAGAUCCUGAUUCAAAGCUCAUUUAGAAUGGAUUUAAGCAAAAUCAAAAACUGUUUUGCGGUCAAUGAAUCAAAAUGAGAAAUUCUUUUGGAAAACAUGGAUGCAGCAUUAUUUUGAAUUUUGUGCUUCAUAUGCAGGUAAAACUUUGAUUAAAUUUGAGUAAAGUUACGCAAGGCUAUGUAAAAAAUUUCUGAGUUCAUGUAAAACUUAUUGUCAGAUAAUGUAAAAGUAUAGCAAUUAAGGCAAAUCUUAUUUGGAACUGGCACACAAAUCUUUUGAGGAACUUACGUUACCUUGUUGAAAGGUAAUGUUUGCAAGGUAACUCUAAAAUGUUGUAGAGUUAUGUUAAAUUUACCAUGAGGUUGUGCAAAUACAUUCCCAUGUACAGAUCUCUCACUUGGUUUUGGCUCUCACUUCACUAUCUCAUUACCUUCUUUUAUAACUCAUAGUAAUGUUUUGUGUAGCUUCAUCUGUGUAGAUUAAUUAAUUUCAAACUUUCAUAUAGUGACUUAUUUCAUAUAGUAACCUAUAUGGGAUUUAUCAGAGAUGUUCCUAUCACAUUUAUCAGCUGUACAUUCUUACUGUUCACCUGUUGUGUCACAGGUAAUAUGGCCUGCAGUUCUCCAGCUGUAGACUCAUCUGUGUGCUUCCAUAGUGUUGUCUGUUUGCUACAAAGAUUUAAAUGCAUGAUGAUAUUGCUUGGGUUUAAAGCAUAUCUAUCUGACAGAUUCCAGUUUGUGUAUGUAAAUGGGGAGUCUUCUUCAGCAGGGUUUUGUGCUGGGACCAAUACUUUUUACAUUAUACAUGCAUUCCUUAGACAAUACUAUUAGGAAACACUGCAUAGGUUUUCAUUGUUAUGCAAAUGAUACCCAGCUUUAUUUAUCCAUGAAGCCAUAUGAUACAAAUCAGCCUGUAAAACUACAGUCACGUCUUAAAGAUAUAAAAGCCUGGAUUGAUCUGUUUUUUUUUUUUUUUUUUUUUUUAACUUUUACAUUUCAAUAAAACUGAGGUUAUUGUACUCAGUCCUAGGAAUCUUAGAAACACGAUGUCUCACUAAAUACUUGAGAUGACAUUACCGUGGCCCAUCACUGUGUCAGAAAUAUGCUGAAAAGCUAGCUUACAUUUAUUACAUCUAGGCUGGACUGUUGUAAUUCAGUAUUUUCACGUUGCUUGAAAAACUCCCUUAAAAGCCCCUCAGUUGAUCCAGAAUGCUGCAGCGAGGGUACUGACAGGGACUACAAAGAGAGAAUAUUUCUCCUAUAUUAGUGCUCUUCACUGACUCCUUGUUAAAAUCAGAAUUGAAUUUAAAAUAAUCUUUAGAUUCAAAAUCUUGAAUAAUCAGGCCCUGUCAUAUCUUAAGGACCUCAUAAUACUUCAGAUAUAUCAUAUCAUAUCAUAUAUCAUCCUAUGAAAGCACUUUGCUCUCAGACCGCUAUCUACUUGUGGUUCCUAGAGCUUUUAAAAGCAGGUAGAGCUUUUAGCUGUAAGGACCCAUUUCCACGGAACCAUUUCACAAUUUGGAUUCAGAAGACAGAUACCAUUAAUAUUAAACUUAAAACUUUAAUUUUAGAUAAAGCAUAUAGUUAGGGUGGGUCAUAUGACAACAGGCUGAGGCUGCAGUGGGUGCCCAUAAUACAUUUUUAUCACUUUUUACUAUCUGUGUUUUUAUACACCGCUUCUGUAUUGCUGCUCCUUUUCCUUCCAAGUGCUUGCUCAUAGGGGGGCUGUGUGAUUGUAAGCCUUACUUUUAGGCAACAGUUGUUGUGAAUUGGGGCUAUUUGAAUGGAAUUGAAUUGAAUCUCAUGUUCCAUCCAUCCUAUAAAUUGUGUCUCCUAUUGUAUCUGGAACCUACGUAGCUUGAAUUGGAUCUGUAGGAAAUUGUCAUUUCUGUCAUGAGUGUGUCUGUACCCCUGUUAACAAAGGGUUGACAGGAGACCAACUUGUUAGACAAGCUGCCCCUGACUCUGCUUGGAGAUCAGUUACAAUCUGCAUGUUAUUAUUCAAAUACAAAAAUAUGGAAACAGAAGUAGCAUUUGCAAGUAAAUUAAUCAGUUACUCAGUGACUUGUAAUCUUAACACAUGAGUUUUCUCACACCAAACAUAUUGGUUAAAUUGUGAUGUAGAGGAGUUAGAAUGUAGUACAUAGAAGCUUUUAAUAACUCUUUCAGCAUAAUAUCUGCUUCUUUCUGUAAAACUCACUGCACUCCAUCCUGUGCUAAAGUUGCAAGUUGACGCAAAAGAAUUGUGUAGUAAUACAAGUGUUAUUGUAGUAGUUAUGCAUGUAUUGCAUGAUAAUGUCAACGUAGUCCUCAAAAGAACUCUAGAAAACUGUUCUAGCUUUACAUUUUUUCAGAACUUGUUGAAAAUGUCUAAGAAAUGAGAAAUGGCCAAAAUGAAGGCUCUAAAAAAACCAAAAGAAAAACCAAUAGUCUGGUGGCAUUUUCUGUGGCCAGUUUACAGAUUAGCUGAUUGUUUCUCCUGAGUUGAACCUCCCAGGUUGUUGAGAGGAUUUCUGUUAUAGAAGGUUAAAAGGUUAAUCCAGCAGUUUAGUACUGCACUUGCCCUGCAGUGACAUAUUCUGUCCAUAAGUGUGUGUCCCUAUCCACACCUGCUCUUUUAUAUGCUUUUUGUUGUAAAGUCAUGUUACUGCAGCCUAAUUAGAGAAAAAAGCACCUUAAGGUUCGCCUUUUUGAGAAGUUUACCUGAACUUGUGUGGAUGAAAGAGAGUCCUUAACACUGAAGCCUGUUUUUCAUUGUAUAAAGGAAGCAUCAAAUACAUUAACACUUAGACCCGAGCUUUAGUCCAAUUAAAUGGUGUCCCUUCAGUGCUGUAUUACAGGUUUUAUGAACUAGGUCAUGGGUUCACCAUCAUUGCUAUAAAAACAAGGUAUUUUUGACCAGUGUAUCACAGGGACAACUAACAAAUCAUUUAAUCUCACUUUUAUACCUAUGGCCAAUUUAAUAUUCCCGCUUAAGCUAAUCUAUGCAUGUCUUUGGAUGGUAAAUGAAGGUUGGAGUGCCUGGAGAGAGCACACUGAAAUAAUUUCCUCUGUAUUUUUGUAGGGUCUCUACCUUGUAAUAAGCAUCUUGAGGCUACUGCUGUUGUAAUUCGGUGGUGUAUAAAUACAAUUGAAUUGAAACAAUUCAACAAUUGAAAGCACGGAGAGAACAUGCAAACUUGACGAGUUGACGAGUGAAUUUGAACACAGAACCUUCUUGCUCUGAGGCAAUAGUGCUAAUGACUGUGGUUAGCACUGAAAACAGGUUGACUCAAUGACUGCAAGAUGCUCAGGUCCUAUGGUUGCAAAACAAGUCCAAAUCAUCACUCCUCCACCAUACUUGACAGUUGGUAUGAGGUAUUCAUGCUGGCAUCGUGUGUUUGGUUUUGUCCAAACAGUUCACUGUGCACUAUGAUCAAACAUUCCUACUUUGGUCUCAUCUGUCUCAAGAAUAUUGUUCCACAAGUUUUGUGGUUUCUUUAAGUGCAGCUUUGAAAACUGAAGCCAUGUUCUUACUCUACUUACCCUCUUAAUUCCUGUGGAAGCAAGUAUGGAUGUACUUGGUUUUUCACAGGGCUCCACAGAGUCAUGUGAACCAAAUAGACCAAGUAGAUCGUAAGAACAAAGUACUUUUUCACAUGACUGUAGGUGACGAAAAUAAGGAAGCAAGGGAUGUUGCCCUAUGGAAAGACACCUACAGACUCAAGCUAAGUUUGCAAGCUGACAUUAACAUGUAUUUCAAAGUUUGCAGUGGUACAUAAGCUUUUAUUAAACUUUGAAACAAAUCUGCAUAAGGAAAAUGAGAAUGAAAGAUUUGUAUUUGGAAAAAAAGAUUCAACUUGUCCUCCUUUCUGUAAUUUUCCAUGCACACUUGAAAUAUGCCAGCAGAAAAUAUAUCUCAUAUAUCUUACACUUAUUAUAGUUAAUAUAAUCUAUAGAACUGCAGAAGCUACAGACACUGAAGACUGGAUCAGUGCCAGCACCUUUUUUUUAGAUCAGCAAGUCACAACAGUUUCCUAUAUAAUGGCUAUUAAAUGUGACAGCUACUGUUUGUCCGACAGAGAUGGAAACGGGGAGAUGUAUUAGCACACUUGAGUUGAAACAAAAGAUCCAUUUACAGUAUGAGUCAGUGCCACCUUACAUCCUGAUCAUAUGUCCUGGAAAUUUGCCUUGGGGCUCCCACAGAGAGAACAGCUUACCUCCUCAUUGUACCACUGUGUGAUAUUCCAGUGGCAUGGGAGGGUGUCAUAGGUUUCCCUUAAAAGGAAAGUAAGUCUGGAUUGUGGCAUCCUCCAGAUGUUAAUAGCGGCAUCCCAUCUUGUCCAGGGUCCUUGGUGCCAUGGAGGCAAUGAGAACCCAAUGACAUCAAAUCGAUAAGUGAAUCGGAAUCACUUAUCAAUUCCCAUCGUUUGAUCUUGUCCCACAGCUCCUUCAAGUGGCUUUCUCAUCUGGUGCAGCUUUCCCCCAGUUCUGACAGAGCUGCCGGGUGUCUUUGAUAACGUUUUUUUCUCUCUCUCUCUCUCCCCCAAUACCUCUAUCCUUGGGGCUGUGGGCUCCAUUCAACUAACCUCACCAAACCUCUCUCUGCAUACCUUGAAGAUGAACUUCCCAACCCUGUCAUAAUCUGUAGUAAAUUAGAAACAUGGACGUGAAGGUCUUAAAGUGGAUAUCCUACAAAGUACUGUUAAACGUUUGUUGUCAGUGAGAACAUAUAUCCCUAAUAUGGUCAUCUGUAGCUGUGAGCACAGAACCUGCUUUUCAAAGCUUACGUUUUGUAAGGGGCAGCCAAUCAAAAGAAAGUUGGCUGAAAGCUUGAAAAGCUUGUGUCAAAUAAAGGAUGAACUGAUGGGCUCCAUCAAGGCCCAGUAUGAAUACAAAUUUAUCUUAGACUUAUUUUGAAUUGUGAAUCAUGCAAAGCUACUCUUGUGCAAUCCAAGAAAAAUAAUGUUUUAAAAAAUGUUGGUCAGUGCAGUCAUGUUUUUUGAAAGACUUUUUUUUUAAUUUAAUGAAUUUCUGUUCAGACAGUCCUUGACUGUCUAUAGCAGGUUACACUGUGAACAUUUCAUCUUUGUGCCACUAGUCACAAAAUUCCAGACAUUUACAUUAAAGAUUGAAUCAGGUCACAAAUAUCUAACACUGUCAGUGACUUUUGUCAUGGUAAUAAGAUGUCAAACACUUAAAGGGAGCUGUGAUAUAGCUACUGUCCCUUCUCUUGUUUCUCUUCCCUGUUGGCCUGUUUCUGUUGCUCUGUCACCACUUGAUAAACCGCUGCUUUAUGUGCACGUUAUCCACCUCAGUGUGUGGGAUGUAAAUGUCAAACACUUGACCAUUUCUAAUCCUGAAAACAGAGUAACUUUUAUUCCAGUGAUGCAUUCAGAUAUCAUGUAAUCUAGACAGAGAGAGAAUUAUAAACUUGAACAUUCCAUUUAUGUAGAAAUUGUGGUGGGGUUGUUUUUCUGUAGGACAUUAUCUAAUGCUUUGUCUGUUGUUUGUUGAAUUUUACAAUUCUCCCUUUUUAAGGGCUUUGAGUGUGUGAGAACUCGGAUGUUGUGGUGUGUUGCUGAAUAAGUUGGAAGUUGAAAAAUUCUGAGUCUGAAUUUUUUUGUGGAACGCCCCCUCAACUCUGAGGGGGC